AUGGACGAGAUACGCAAGAUACCGCCCGUAACGCGGCUCAUGCUCGCUGCUACGGGCGCCAUCACCCUUCCCUGUAUCCUCGCCAUCACCAGCCCCUACCGCUUCGCCCUCUUCUGGCCUCUCGUCACACGCAAGUACGAGAUCCACCGCAUCUUCACCUCGUUCUUCUACGGCGGUGGAGGUCUCAAGCUCCUCUUCGACCUCUUCAUCCUCUAUCGCAACAGCAAUGACCUCGAGCUCAACCAUUUCGGGCGGCGCACUGCCGACUACACCUGGUCGCUGCUUGUCAUGGGCGUCAUCAUCUUGGCUACAAACUACCCGCUGGGGUCGCCCAUCUUUUUCGGGCCUUUGCUCAAUGCGCUUGUGUAUGUAUGGGCACGCGCGAACCCAAGCAGCAUCGUAUCAUUCUUCGGCAUGGUCAACGUGCCUGCACGAUGGCUGCCAUAUGUGAACAUCGGGCUGGAUUUGCUGCAGGGUGGGCCAGGGUUGGCCAUUCAGAGUGGAACCGGAUUGCUGGCCGGCUACGUCUACUGGCUGCUCGACCAGGUGCUUCCUGCUCGCCGCGGCGGAGGAGGCAGAGGCGGUGGGAGAGGUGGAAGCUACAUCCCCACACCAGGCUUCCUCUACCGUCUCAUGCCAGACUCGGUCGAUCCAGCACUCGCAGGCCACGCCAUGGGCGACAGGAACGCAAGGCGUGUCGCUGGAGGGACCGCUUGGAAUGCUGCGCGCGAUCGGGGACACCGCCUGUCGGACCGUUCAAGUGGAAGUGCAACGCCUCGCCCAACCAGCAUCGCUUCUGCUCUAGGCGCAGGCGUGCGCUCGACCAUGUCGGCCGUCAACCCUUUUGCUGGCCGCAGCACCUCGACACGCACCAACGCCGGUCCAAACAGGGAAGAGAUGCUCGCCGCUGCAGAACGACGAUUGCGUGCCUCGCAGGGGAACUCGAUCGUCGGACGCAACGCUUCGGAACGCCCUGCGAAGGCGGCAGGAUCCAACACACCAGGCACGACAAGCCUCAACGCUCGACCGGGGGCUGGGGACUCGACCACCAAUCUGAGGAAGACUGCCGCCGCCUCGGGCCAGUCGAACAUGUUCACGUUUGGACAGCUCGCCGAGAAGCAAGGGUCAGGCAAGGAGGCGAAAGAGGAAGAUCACAGUUCGAGUGGCGGCGCGGUGGCGGAACAGAGGUGGGGCCAGGGAGGCAAAGGGAAGGGCAAAGCGAGAGACAGCGACGAUGAGGGCGAUGCUGGCAAAAGCGGUGGAAGCACAGGGUAUAGCUGGGGCACGGGAGGUCAGCGUUUAGGCGAUUAG